GCGGCUAUAUAAAUGGUUCGGUGAGCUCAUUGCCUCCUCACUGCCGUAGCUUGUGCUGUGAAGAGCUUGAGCUUCCUAGCCAGGUCGAAGUGCGGGUGAGGAAGAAACGCUUGGAAUUUAGCUGAGGAUUACGGAGAGAUAUUAUUCAGCAGAAUGGGUGUGGGAAAAGUUCUGAGCGAUGCGAAGCCGUACCUGGCCAUGACCCUGCUGCAGGUAGGGUUCGCCGGGAUGUACGUGGUCGCCGUGGCCUCCCUCAAGCGCGGGAUGAGCCACUUCGUGCUCGUCGUCUACCGUAACAUCGUCGCCACCGUCGUCAUGGCGCCCUUUGCGCUCUGGUUUGAGAGGAACGUGAGGCCAAAGAUGACCAUCACCAUCUUCUUGAAGAUAAUGGGGCUCGCCUUGCUUGAACCUGUGCUUGACCAGAACCUGUACUACAUGGGUGCCAACCUGACCUCUGCCGGCUUCGCGUCGGCGUUGAUCAACAUCCUCCCUGCCGUCACCUUCGUCAUGGCCCUCAUCCUGCGGAUGGAGAAGGUGCGGCUGCGGAGCGUGCACAGCCAGGCCAAGAUCGUCGGCACGCUCUGCACCGUCGCCGGCGCGGUGCUGAUGGUCUUGUACCACGGCCCCGUGGUGCAGUUCCCCUGGUCCAGGGGCCAGCACCACGACAGCGCCGGCGCCGGCGGCCAGGGCGCCGGCUGGCUCAACGGGACUAUCGUGAUCAUUGUCGCCUGCGUCUGCUGGUCCGGCUUCUUCGUCCUCCAGUCCAACACGCUGCAGAGCUACCCCGCGGAGCUGUCGCUGACGACGCUCAUCUGCAUGAUGGGCUCGGUGAUGAGCGGCGCCGUCACGCUGGUCGCGGAGCGCCACAACACCAAGGCCUGGGUCAUCGGCUUCGACACCCGCCUCUUCACCGCCAUCUACGCCGGCAUAGUGUGUUCCGGUGUGGCCUACUACGUGCAAGGCAUCGUGUCACGGCAACGAGGCCCGGUGUUCGUCACAGCCUUCAACCCCCUGUGCAUGAUCGUAACCGCCGUCAUGGGCUCCAUCAUACUCAAAGAAGAGAUCACUCUUGGAAGUGUGAUCGGCGCAGCGAUCAUCGUGGUAGGCUUGUACGCGCUCAUAUGGGGCAAGAGCAAGGACUACGUGAACCAGGUCGCCGACGUCUCAGCCGGCGGCUCCAAGGACGGAGCGACCGAGCAGCUGCCCAUCUCCUCGGCGCAGCCCAACGGCAACGGCAAGCACGAGCUCGGCAAUAACGGUCGCGGCGGCCAGCAUGUCUUCGACGUCGAGACGCCGGCGGCCAACGGCCACUACUAGUACUCUAAGCAACUUCAUCGUCGAUCGUGCCCGCCCGUUCUAGACGCGUCCUGGUUGUGGCGGCCGAUGGAUCGAGUAUGUUUGUGGUGCGAUUUUUCUUCUUCCGUCUUGUCAAUUUCUCCUAAAAUUCUUGUGUGUGUGUGUGAGAGAGAGAGCUCGACAGAGAGAUGGAUUCUUACCUGGUGUAAUGGACAGGGCCUUUACGUGUCCUGAGUGCAUGCAUAAUCAAUCAGUGAGUUUCGCUCUGCUUACGUAGAGCUGGAAUUAAUUACUUCA